UCCAACGUAUUCAAAAAGUUAGGCAAAAGACUACUGAAGACUUUAGUAAAAGAGUACAACGUUUCAAACAGCGUUUCAGAUUAUUCCAACACCAAUUUGGACUGUUCAACACGCCCAGAUUCUUGAUUCUGUGUUGGAUAGGCUUCACAAAAGUUUGUAAACUCUACCACCCAAUGGAGAACAGAUUCAGACUAUCAGUUUUCUUCAUGUUAUGGGCUUCUAUGGUGCAUAGUGCAGAAUCCGAGUGUAAGAGGGAUUGUGAUUUAGCUCUAGCUUCCUACAAUCUAACAGGAGGUGAUUUGACAUAUGUAUCAAAGCUUAUGAAAUCUGAGUUUGUUUCAAAACCUGAAGAUAUUCUCCCCUACAACAAUGAAACCAUAAAAAACAAAGACCAGGUGCAAGCCUUUACCAGGGUGAACGUUCCAUUCCCUUGCGAUUGCAUUGGAGAUUUUCUAGGUCAUAUAUUCAAAUAUGACGUUGCAUCAGGUGACACUUACAUGUCCAUUGCCACUCAGAAUUAUUCCGAUUUGACCACUGUUCAGUUGUUGCAGAGCUUCAACUCAUAUUCACCAACUGAUCUUCCUGAUACUGGGACUCUUGAUGUCUUCGUUAACUGUUCCUGUGGGAAUAGUGACAUUUCCAAGGAUUAUGGUUUGUUCAUCACAUACCCUCUUAGACCUGAGGAUUCUUUGCAGUCAAUUGCCAACGAGACUGGGAUAGAGAGUGACUUGCUGCUUAAGUACAACCCGGGUGUAAAUUUUAGCCAAGGGAGUGGUUUGGUUUAUAUUCCAGGGAAAGACCAAAAUGGUGGCUAUGUGCCCCUUCAUCAAAGCACUGGAGGCCUUGCGCUAAGAGUUAUCGCUGGAAUAUCUGCUGGAGUAGUAACGGCACUUCUGCUAUUGGCAUUCUGUGGGUAUGUUACAUAUUACCGAAGAAAGAAGGUAUGGAAGAGGAAUUUGCUCACAGAUGAAUUCAUGAUGAACUCGGCCAGAGUUAUGAAUGGUAUAUUUUCUUCUACUUUUAUUUCCUCUAUUUCUUCCUUCUCUUUCAUUUAAAUCUAACAGGGGAUCUCACAAUUUCAGAAUAUUAGCUGGUGUCGGUAUAGUUUUUGUUGGCUGUGUAAAACUAGUUUGGUGUUCUGAUUUUUCCUCUGCUUUUUAUCAUGGAAUAGAGGAG